ACAUACAAACUGAGUUCAUCUUCAUCUGCAUUCCUAAAUUUGAUGUCAUUUUGAAGAACUAGAAACUAGUUUUCCUUCUUUUCCUAAGAGCAAAGGGGUGGGUCCCUUAUGAGCAAAGACAACUGCAGGUUUCCCCAGCCUGCUCUCCUCUUUUCCUUCUGCCCUGACAGUUCAUUAGUUAAAUCAGGAGACCAAAGCUAUGAAAACAACAAUAUUCCAGCACAAGCUGUAAUAAGCCUUUACUACUGCUUCUUAUUAAAGUAUACAAUUUAGGAAAUCAUAUAAUAGAUUGAGGAACAUAUUUUGCUAGGAUAGUAGAAGAUAAAAUUUCUUCAGUGGAAAAAUAUCUAAGAAGUUACUUUUUCUUAAAAACAAUCCACUACCAGCAAGAAAAGUACAUGGAGUGGAGUAUUAUCACUACUGCAAUGACUGAAACUGAGUGUAAUUCCAUAAAAAAGUAAAUAUUAACUCUAACCCUAACCCUAAUAUAAUUCUGUAAUUGAAAGUAUAAAGUAAAAUUGGAUACUUCUCAGGAAAAAUCUUCCCUUCCCUUCCCUUCCCUUCCCUUCCCUUCCCUUCCCUUCCCUUCCCUUCCCUUCCCUUCCCUUCCCUUCCCUUCCCUUCCCUUCCCUUCCCUUUCCUUCCCCUCCCUCAAAGUUUAUGCAGAAAGUCCACUUUUACUAAGACCAAGAGAAUUGUAAGAUGCUCUCCUACUUGUCACUCAUCUCUAGAAAUGCUCAUGACCUGCUUGAUUUUGUUUGAGAAACCUUAUUUGAAUGCAUAACAUACUGAAAAGAAUGGAAAAUGCAAACACUGAGAAAAAAGAGAAGCUGCAUGUAUAUAAACAUAUUGAAAAGUGGACAAAAGAAGAAGUCAAACAAUUCUUAAUUGAAGAUGUUAAUAUCGACCAGAAAUAUGCAGAAAUCCUGUAUAGCCAAGAUGUAACUGGUUCUACUUUGAAACUGUUGACUAAGGCAGAUCUUGUGGAUAUGAGCAUACCUCAUGGGCCUGCUGUUCAAAUCAUUCAUUUCCUGAAAAAGCAUGGCAUUCUCACUGAAAGUUCAGACCAGGCUAUGGGACAAGAAGGCAAUGAACAGUGUCUUGAUGGAAAAGAGGAUGGUAAAAUUGCAAAGGAGUGCAAGAAAUAUGGAUCAUUGAAUUCCAAUAUAUUGCAGGAUUCUGAAAUGGAGCCUAUAGAGAACAAAAGAGAGGUAAAGACAGCUGAUGAGAACGUACCAGAGCAGUCACUGUCAAGCAGCCAGCACCCAACCAGAAACAUGUGUAUGCCACAUCCUUUUGAUAAUUUCAGUGAUGGUAUUCGAUAUACACAGCAUAAUAUUCUUAACAUUCCUGAAACAGGGCCACUCAAUCUCAUUGAUCCAGUACAUGAAUUCAAAUUACUUACCAACACAGAGGGUGCAUCAGAAGAGAAUAUUAAGAUGAAAUUCAGCAAUGAAGUCUUUAGGUUUGCUUCAGCCUGCAUGAACUCUCGCACAAAUGGCACUAUUCAUUUUGGAGUGCGUGACAAUCCACAUGGUGAAAUUGAAGGAAUAAAAGUUACCAAGCAAGAAGCCUACAUUGACCAUUUAAAUCAAUAUAUUGAAAAGUACUUUGUUGGGGUAUACAUCAGAACUGCAAAAGCUUGCAUUAAAGGACCUAGAUUUGUGGAAGUACUAUUACCAAACGGAACUCCAGCAGGUACGUUUGUCAUUGAAGUAGAUGUGAUUCCCCACAGCUCCAUAUGUGAUGCAAAAUACUUCUCUACUAAAAUGUAUGAUUUCAACAGCAAGAGUUGGAGUAAAGCUGUCUUCAUCCGGGAUGGAGCUAGUUCUAAAAAUAUUGAAGGUACAAAAGAAUUUAAAACAUUUACAAGUACUUUGACAUCAUUAGCAGACUCUCGUAAAAGAGCAGAAGAAGAAUAUAAAUUAAAGCAAAAGAAGACAACAUCUGAAGGACUAAAGCUAGUUAGUCUGCUCACUGGCAACAGAGACUUGCUAGAUUACUCUUAUUAUGACUACUACAUUUUGGUAACAAACAAAUGCCUUCCAAGUCAAACUUCACACUUAGACUUUUUACAGGAAAUAAAAUGGUUUGCUGUCCUUGACUUUGAUUCUGAAUCAGAAAUGAAUGGUGUACUUAAGACUUACCAAAAAAAUCUAAAUGCCAAAAUUCACUUCCCAUAUCAUUAUGAGAACAAAGUGGGUUCGGUUGCUGAACAAGCUGAAAAGCUGAAUCUGCGUCAGGAGACCAACUGGAUUUUCUGCAAUGGUGGAUCAGACUUAAAAGGCAAUAAAGAACUACCAUUAGAUCCCACUUUGUGGCAACGAGAUAGGGCUUCUGAAGUCAGAAAAAUGAUUUCAUUUCUUUCACACAAGGAUGUAAAGCAGAGUGGAAAGUUUUUAGUAGUGUUUAUUUUGCUUUCCCGAGUCGAAAAUCCAUUGGAUCCCUUUGCUGAGACGUUUAUUACAUUUUACCAAGAAUUAAAGGGACUAGAAGACAUGGUCUGCAUUUGCAUUGGUACAGGUACAUACCAGCGAUGGAAAGAUCUUCUUCAUGCUAGAGGUAUUAGAGAGGACAAACUUUCAAACAAAUGCGUUUCUAAUUUAACCUUGGAGAUGGUAAAUGGUACCGUCACAAGAGCAAAAUCAAUGACAAAGUCUUCCAGAAGACUUCUGCCCUCUGUUGGUGGUUCUACCACUCUCCUAAAGAAGGAAGAAGAUUUCAGAGAAGCAUUGGAAAUUCUAUGUGAAAAUGAAUGCAGGGACACAGGGAUAGAGAAGGACAAAGAACAAUUUAAAAAAUUCAUGAAAGAGAGGGAAAAAUAUUUUUAUCGAGGGGGUAAAGUGUCAUGGUGGAAUUUUUAUUUUUCUUCUGAAAAUUAUACAUCAGCUUUUAUCAAAAGGGAUCGUUACGAAAACCUUGAAAAUCUAAUUGUGUCUGUGUCAAACAGUGCUAAUCAGUCACCUGUAGAAAUUGUCAACCUUUACCACCAUCCUGGCUGUGGUGGGACAACAUUAGCUAUGCAUAUCCUCUGGAACCUCCGAAAGCAAUUCAGAUGUGCCGUUCUGAAAAACAAAACAGGUGACUUUGGAACACAGCUGACAACUUUAGUCACCUAUGGAGCAAACAACAACAGUGGCUAUUUACCAGUAUUACUUCUUGUGGAUGAUUUUGAAGAUCAAGAAAACGUCUAUCUUCUGCAGAAAGAAAUUGAGGAAGCUAUAACAGAAAAGUGCAUUCUGUACGUAAAUCCUUUAGUGAUCAUUCUAAACUGUAUGAGAUCUCAGAAUCCUGAUGAAAGUUCCACAAUCAACCCCUUGAAUAGCAUUUCUUUGACCAACAGUCUUUCUUAUAAAGAGCAGAGAGCCUUUGAUCAGAAACUAAAAGAUAUUGAAAAGAUGCAUCAAAAUCCUGACAAUUUCUAUUCAUUUAUGAUUAUGAAGAAAAACUUUGAUCCAAAGUACAUAGAAAAAGUGGUUAAAAAAACCUUGCAUAACUUGAAUAUAGCCUCUAAACCAGCAAAACUUGUUUACUACCUAACACUGUUAAACUCCUAUGUAGGAACAUCUACACUUUCAAUAUCACUAUGUGAAGAAUUCUUGGGAAUUAAUUCUCGAGAGACUGGCAACAAAGACAGACUGAUAGAAAAAAUGGGAAUUUGUUCCAGUAUUCUAAUGUAUGUUCAGAUAGAGGAAUACACAAGAUACCGAGGUCUACGUAUUGUUAACCAAUUGAUAGCACAGGCCUGCCUAACAGAAUUUAAGCUAACCUAUAACUUGUCUAAAAGUGAAAUUAUAUUGCAGUUAUUGAAGGAGGAUUUAUUUUAUGAGACUUCAUUAAAGAAAGACAAACUUAUUCGUGACAUACAAACCUUGCUGAUUACUAGACAACGCAAAGAACAAGGUGAUGAGUUAGACACGUUGUUUUCCCCUUUAAUUGAAGCCAUUCAAAGAGAAGAGAAGUCUGUGGAAAGUGUGUUAAAAGAAGCUUGCACUAGAUUUAAGAAAAAUGCUCUCAUUUGCCAAGUCUUAGCAAGAUACUUUUACAUAAAAGAAAAAAAAUUUGACCUGGCAUUAAUCUGGGCUAAAGAAGCCAGGCGGCGAGCACCACACAAUUCAUACAUAUCAGACACACUAGGUCGAGUUUUUAAAAGUCAGUUAAGAUACUGGGUAGACCGCAGAGUAAAGAGUGCAAGUUUAACAGCUGAGGAAUUGGAACAUUUUCUAGAUCUUGCUCAAAGUGCUUCACAAGAUUUCAGAAUAUCUCAGCAGGAAGCUGAAAAUGAACACAAUGAACGUUUGCAGUGUCAAAAGCUUAAAAGUAAGCUUCAAAGUUACAAUACUUCUGGUUAUCUGGGAGAGAUAGAAACUGGUCUUUAUAUUAUUGAUGUCCUUAUGCUUGUUCCUUUUAUCAGCAAAGAAGUCUUGCAGUGUAGAGAAAACACGAUAGAGCAUCUAUCAGAAAUCAGUGGUUUAAACAUAGAUAGUAAAAUGUUUGCAGCACUUAAACCUUAUUCCAGCUUUAUAAAUGAUUUGCAACCAAAUCUGAAAAGGGCAUUUGAUUUUUUUGAAGACUACUUUGUGUUUUUCAAAACACAGAUGAAUGAAAAAGAAAUUGCAGAAGCAAACAUAUACAAGAAGGUACAAGAAUGCUUUACCAAAUACACAGAAAUAUUUUGUGAUUGGAAUAUUGAUCAACUGAGAAGUCAACAGUUCUCAGUGUGCCCCUUAACACAGAGAAUAGAAGCAUACAGAAAGAUGGUGGAGGCUUCCAAAGCAGACUCGUUUUCUGGACUUCUGGCAUACCUUCACAAAGAUCACAGAAAUGAUGACAGUGAAAUAGAAGACAUAGUAUAUGCAUAUGCAUUUUUGUGUAAGGAGAAUUCACAAGUAACGCUAAAAGAAAAACAGAAUUUCAUUUUGGCAAAUGUUGUUCUGAACUGCAUUAAUCCUAAAUCCACUGAGUUACAUCAUUUUGAAGAGCUGAGAAUUCAGCUUCUAAGUGUUCUGAACAGAGUGGAACUGGAACCAAAUUCAUACUGUGUAGAGCCUUUCUUUCUUGCCUCCUUGUUGUUCUGGCCUGAAAAUACAAAACAACUAAAUGAAGAUUCCAAGAAGAUGGAACACUAUCUUAUACGCCUAAGUGAAUCUUUCAGAAAGCUCUAUGGAACUGUGCAUCAUUCCAAGCAACCUCUGGCUCAUUUCUAUCUUGCAAAAGGCAGUGGUCUGAACAGAUUUGUUCACAAAAGAAAGAUAGACCAGCUUUUUAGCUCACUUCCAGAACAAAAACUGAAUUCCCUCUGGCAGAAAGGAAAUAUCUGGAAGGAAAAGGCUGUUCGUGAUCUUUUGCUUCCUUUAGAUGGGAAGGCUGAGGGUACAACUAUCUAUGUAAACUAUGGCAGCAAUGAACCCUUUAAGAUACCAGUGCAGCCUGCUCUUUCAUGCCUACUGAAAAAUGGCCCAAAUAUACAAAGAGUGUCUUUUUACCUUGGUUUUUCUAUUGCUGGUCUCCUGGCAUACAACAUACAAAGUCUAUAAUUAAAACAGUAAGAGCUGCAUUUUCAUAUAAAUUAUACAUAUGAAUAAACAAAUCACAAAACAUAAUAUUUAGAAAACAAAAGCACAAUGUUUAGAAAAUGUGAUGGAAUUUAAAUGCUUAAAUUAACUCUUAACAACCAUGCUUUGUUAGCUUUUCUGCCAUUACUUCUAGGGAAGGAUGCUUCAGCAAUAUCCCCAUUCUUUUGCAUAAUGUAAGAAGAAGGAAUAUAUAUUAUAAAACAUACAUCAUGCAACAUUUCCUGAUGCUCCUUUGUACCUGGUGAAAUCUCAACACAAGAGGAAUAUAGAUAGCUAUUUUAGUUUCAAAGCACUGUGGUUUUUUGUUUGUUUGUUUGUUUGUUGCUUUUCUCAUUGUAUAUGUUUGAAUAAUAUCAUGCAUUUGUUUACAGGCCUUUACUAAUAACCAAGAUGCGCAUAUUGUGAAAUGACAGAAGCACUUUUACUUCCUCAGGGCAUUACAAAAUCUAUGAUUGUUAAAGAUGCAGCUAAUUGCUGCUCCAUAGUAAAAACAAACCCAUUUGAAGCCAAUUUAAAUAUAUGUUGUUCUUUUGUAGUGGGUCUGCUACUGCUUUUUAAAAAAUAAAAAGAUGUAUUUUGGCCUUUCUUUUCAUUAUAAAUUUCACUAGUUCCUUCAAGUUCUCUUAUUGCAAAAAAUAUGCAAUUUAAAUACUUUAAAUUAUCGUUGACUGCAUUGACUUCCUCAUGUGUAUAAACCUGCCUGCUUUGUUUGGACACAAUUGAUGUUCUAAAAACAAUAAAGUACACUGAUGUGAUACACCAGAAACAUGAAGUUACUGCUACCCGGCAGGGAGGAGGCAGUGUGCAAAAUGUAGCAUUUUUCGCUAUAUGCAGUUCAUGAAAACUGGAGUUUGAUGCAAUUAACUACUUGAGAAAGGUCUGCAGGAUAGAUCUUUUAUCAGCCCCGCAAGUCCUCUUUGCUCCUUGUGUCAGGCAAGGAGGCAAGCAAAAAUAAAUGACUUCUCAGAAGAAGGCUAAUAAAAAUUUCUGACAAAAAGAAAAAGAAUAAAGCAGCAUGCCAUUCUGCUGCAGCGCAACUCUUUCAGUUGCAAAUGUGGAAAAGUAGGUUUACUACAUAAAGCAGACUGCUCCUCAGUCAAAAUAUAUCUUUUGGCAACUUCCUAUUGCAGUAACCAUUUCCUUCUGACUGCAUACUCUUUUUUAUCACAUAUGCAUUUUGUUUCUAAUGGUACACUUUUAUUUCAGGUAGGAUGCUAUAGGAUUAAGUUGAAUAGUAAUUUAUAAUUUGUUCUAAUUUGUUCUUAGGAGGUCGCUGUACAAUUUAACAUUGUCUAUUUACCCUUCCAAAUAAAGAUUUACAGCAAAUAA